GGGGAGACGAAGCUCUGAGGGGGAACUAUUCUUGGGCCGAGGAGAGGGAGGACCCGGACGCUUCCGGGGAGCAGCCCCAGUCGGCGGCGUCGGCGGAGCUCGCGAGGCCGGGGAGGGCUGGGGGAAGGCGGAGCCGCGGGAGGCGGAGGCAGUGGAGCCGCACCGCGGAGCCGGAGACGAUGCGCCGGGACCCUCGCUACAGCUCGGCGGCGCCCGCGGCCUGAGCCCCCGGCUCACGCGCGGCCUGAGUCCCCGGAAGGGGGCCGUCCAGGGUGGCCCCUGUCCGGCCUCGAGCGCCUCCCGCGCUCGCCGUCCCGGCUUGCUGUCCGGCUCCCAACUAGUUAAAUGCCCUUGAGCGCGGGUUUCCGCGGCCCGGCUCUCCGCCCCGGCGGCGCGAGUUGAGCCGUUUCCCCCCUCCCCGCUCCCCACCCGGCGGCCGAGCGCGCGGGGCUCCCCGGGUUCGCUGCGCGGCCGGCGCCGGCCACUGCUCGGCGGGCCACUCACCGCUCACGCGUCCAUGUGUGGCCACAUAGUUAUCUGUGUACAUCCACGCCGGGGCAUUUUUCUCCUGCUUAAUGAGGACUUGACUCGGGAACGAGUGUGAAUCAUUGCCGGGGCUGGGAAAGGAGGAAGGCGGAUUUAACCCCCUCCCACACCGCUCCAUGUCCGUGUGUCACUCGGCUCCGUCCACCUGGCACGGCCGGUCCAGGGGCUGCUGCUGCUACUGACGACGACUACGACGACGACGGGGACACGGACUGCCCUGCUGUCCUGAGAGUUUCCUCGCUCCAGCCACUACUCGGCUUCUGGGGAUUGUUCUUCGCACAACCACCUGGACCAGGCAGACACUUGGGCUCCGAAAUAACUUAUCGUUUUUUGUUGUUAUUGUUUUGGAAAGCACAUCUCGAACCAAUCAAAAUUGUGAAUUUUUCUUUUUAAAUUUCGAAAGCUUGAAGACUUUUCGGAUCUUUUUUUGUGUGACGGUGUGUCUGUGUUUUCGGCGUACACAUCUGGGUCUAUAUCAAACCGGCAAGAUGUCCAGUAAUGUCCCGGCGGAUAUGAUUAAUUUGCGCCUCAUCCUGGUGAGUGGAAAAACAAAAGAGUUCCUGUUUUCUCCUAAUGAUUCUGCUUCUGACAUUGCAAAGCACGUGUAUGACAACUGGCCAAUGGACUGGGAAGAAGAGCAGGUCAGCAGUCCAAAUAUUCUGCGACUUAUUUAUCAAGGGCGAUUUCUACAUGGAAAUGUCACAUUAGGAGCAUUAAAACUUCCUUUUGGGAAAACAACGGUGAUGCAUUUGGUGGCCAGAGAGACAUUGCCAGAGCCAAACUCUCAAGGUCAGAGGAAUCGCGAAAAGACUGGAGAGAGUAAUUGUUGUGUAAUCCUGUAAAUGCUGCCUGCCUAGUGUGGAGUGAGCUGUCUUUCUUUCGUGUUGCUGGGAAAGAGGAGACCCAGCGUAGCUUCAGAAAGCUUUAGGAGCGGUCUGUCUGCACAUCCAUGGGACUGAAUUACUCAUGAACACUGGCAUCUUUUCUCAUGAAGUAAAAAAACCAAGAACAUUUUUCACUAUGAUUUUGUAUUGUAUUUUUGUUUAUGCUGAGCAGUUUUAAAAUAUAUUGUUUUUUGAAUGCAGUCAAUCACCAGGGGAAAAGUUAAGAAGUUACCUUUCACAGCAGAAAUUAUUUUGCUGCCACACCAGUUUUCAUCACCAGAACUAACAAAUCAAGUGUUCCAAAUACAAUUUGCACUAAAAAAAGAUUGGCAUUAUUUUCCUCAUCAGCAGAACUUGUAAGAGUUUCUGGUACUUAGAAAUACUCAUAUACACGGUUCCACACUGGAAGACACCCAGCAGUUGAUGAAGUCAAUGACUGGGCCAGCUCAAGAGGGAAUAAAUGAAAAAGAAACUACAGUGUUGGGCAAAUUCUACCCAAGUCAGCCAUGGUGGCUGUACUGGCCCAAAAUAUUAAGCUGAGUGUGACUAUUUUCACUGCAACAAAUGAAAAAAUAAAAAUGUGCCUGUUGUUUUAAGCACUCAGUAGAGGGCUGAUAAAACUGGUUUUCUUCCUGUAACCCAUCCUGCACUCUUGAGUCCUCUGUGGCCGAGUGCUUAUCCGACAGCACAGAAGGGGUACGAGUGCGUCUCUAGCCUUAAUGGGGGAGGGUGCCAGUUGCUCCGAGGCUUUCGCUGUGCAGAAACAGUUGAAAACCUCAGUGACUGAUCAUUUUAUGUAUUUGAAUAUAGAAAACUGAAAUUUUCCAUAAUCAUCACUCAUUCAUAACUGUGCCCUGCAUUAUGCUUACUCAUUAGAGUUCAAACAAAUUCUGAAAUUAAGAAAAAGAAAAACCACCAUAAUACUAAUUUCCUUUCUUUAUAUAGUUUGUGUUGGGUGUUAGUGCUUGCAAUUAAAAUCAAAAGCUGAUUUUCAAGGCAUACAUGAUUAAAGAUGCCGCUCUUAUUUUAUACCAAUAAUUUAAUGAUUGAUAUGCUAAAAUCAAUUUGCACAGCACUAAAGCAUGAGCUAGUUUCAUCUAAACUUGUAAAAAAUAUGAAAGAUUUUAUAUUUUUUUUGCUGGGAAGAAUUCUUCCUGGAUGAAAUUACAAAUAUGUGUAGAAUAUAUUUAAUAAAAGACUUAUAAAAUGCCUAACUAUAGAACUUAAAUAUAGAUUGGCGUGUAGAAUAUAGAAUACUCCAUAUAAAUAACUUUAGCCUUUUUAAAAUUGAAGUUGCAGGCUGACAUUAUGUUCUAUACUUAAUAAGUGUUCUUGGCCCUUAAAAAUGUUAAGUGUAAAUUUGUUCAAAUGGUCAGCUUUCUUUAAAUGCAUUCAGGUUAUUUUAUUCAUUAUUAAUGCUUUGAUGAAAAGGCUUUAUAUGCAGUAGAUCUACAAAAAUAUUGUUCAUACUGAUCAGAAUUAAAUUUGUAUAGAGCAGAGUUUUAAAAUGAAUGUAAAUAGCACUAAACAUUUUCUUUCUGCAACCUGUACUUAUAGAUCCUUUGUGUAAACUAAAUAAAAAAAUUAUUGUAGUGCAUUUUGGUGGUAAUUUUAAAGGUCUUGAUUAGGUCAAUCAUUGUUUAAGCACUGUCUCAUCCAUGUUAAAAUUUUGUUCACUUCUUUCAGAAUUUCCUAAAAUUUAUUUACUCGAUAUUCUGUCAUUGGCUUGGGGGUAUUCCAAUGUGUUCUUGAUAUUUAUCCUGGAUAGUUUGUGCACUGUCACAACAGAGGAGAAAAUUUUGUUCUCUGUUAUCACUAAUAUGUCCUAUUGAAGAGAUGUUAAAUAUUUAUAUGCUUUGUUUAUAGUUCAAAUGUGAAUCCUGUUAGUGUUGGCUAAAAAACCAGAAUCCAAUAGCUAUUUAAUUGGCAACUAAACAUUUAAUUGAUUCAAAUUUUUCCAAAGUUUAAAGACUAUCAGUUAAUUGUCAUUCAUUUUUAUGAUGAUUGAAAAUAUGUGCUAUUGUUUUCAUUUGGGUUUUUUUUUUAUGUGUGCUUCACAUUAGAGUUCCCCUUUUUUCAAGAUUUUGAUUUAGAGCUUGCUAAGUGGGAUAAACUGGCCUAUUUGUAGAGGAAGAAUUAACUCAGUAUCUAAUAUCAAAGGGGUACAAAAUGAAAGCAGAAAGAAUAAAAAGUAGCAGUAAAAUAAUAUGCUGAAAACACCAAAAAUGUAGAUGCCUUAAUAGUAUAUAUGUGAAAAUAUUCAGCUAUCCGUUUAAAAACAAUUCCUUAGACUACCUGCUGGUUAAGCUCUAAUCAGUUGUACUCAAGGCUACCAUUGAUGAUCCCUCUGCCAAAAGUAGCCGUUCACUUUUCUGGUGAGAGCUGUAUAGAUCCUGAAGUAUAAAUCACUUUUCUGGUGAGAGCUGUAUAGAUCCAGAAGUGUAAAUAAGACCUGAGUUAUGGGCCUGUGCCAUUGCCCAACCAUUGGUAUCUUAAUUCAUCUCUUUUACCUAAAGUGUCCUAGACUUUAAGGGUUCUAAACAAGGCAAUCUUUCAUUAAAACUUUAGCAUGUCUCCUGACUUGAACUAUUUGUUUUCUCUUGGAGAUAGUUGUAUCUGAUCAUGAAAAAUGUAUCAAUCAUCCACAUUAAAUGAAAUUUUCUCACAGUGACCAUUUA